CUUUACAGGCACGCCCCACUCGUGAUGGCUCCUAAAGGAGCGCACCGCUAGGGGACGCCGAAUGGGAUUGAGCAUGGCUUCCCCAGUAGUGUUCACGUAAGUGGCCCGGGACGGUGGGGCGGAGCCUCAAGGGGGAACCGGGCUGAGCCGACCGGAGCAGCUUUUUGGGCAGACCGGGUGACCUCUGCCCGCGCCGCCGGCCCCUGGGCGUCCACCGACCGACCGGAGCUCCAGGGCAGGAUAGGAGGGAGGUCCAGGACCGCCCCGCGGCUGCUGACGCUCCAACGACACCUGGGUUGGGCGCAGGCUGGUGACAUGGCUAUGGAGAACAGCCCACUGACCACUCAUGUGCUAGACACUGCCUCAGGGCUCCCGGCCCGGGGCCUCUGCCUCCGUUUGUCUCGACUAGAGAACCUUGGCCAGCAGUGGAUGGAGCUGAAGACAAGCUACACAAACCUGGAUGGUCGCUGCCCUGGACUCCUGACACCAGGCCAAAUGAAGCCAGGCACCUAUAAGCUGUCCUUCAACACGGAGCACUACUGGAAGGAGAGGGGUCAGGAGAGCUUUUACCCAUAUGUAGAGGUGGUUUUCACCAUUGCAAAGGAGACCCAGAAGUUUCAUGUGCCUCUGCUGCUGAGCCCAUGGUCCUACACCACCUACCGGGGGAGUUAGAGUGAAGCAUAAGCUGAGGACAGCCAUCUGGUCAUCCUCCUUGUCUGAGCCACUCAUGCAAGUCAACAACAGCAUGGGCUUCGUCUUCUUCAAGGAACACCAGUUGUCUGCUUGCUGAGGAGAUUCUGGCUGCCCUGGAGUUUCCCAGUGGGCAGCUGUGACGUCAGUGUCAAUAAAGUCAAAGUCAGUGCCAACACCCACAAAUCUGCCCCUGUCUUUGGAACAGGACAAUGGAGGGCAGCUAGAGCUCUGCUAUCACUGCCUCAUCUCUAGGUGUUAGUUUCUUUUCCUGUUACUGUGAUAAAAUACUCUGACAAAAGCAA